AUGGCGGACAUACCGAUCCCGUACCAGGCCAGAAGGGGUGAUAUUCUCCCCUUUCACGCCCCGAUAUGGUACCCCAAGACAGUGUCCGGUAAUACGUUCAUCCUCCUCAUGUGCUGCGUGAUCACGGCAUCGACGCAGGGUUACGACGGUGCAAUGAUGGGCGGCCUGAAUAUCAUGCACCAGUACACCGACUACUUCCAGCUGACCACCGCCACCCGCUCUCUGAAUGUUGCUACCAUCUAUAUCGGCGGUUGCAUCGCCUGCCUGUUCUGGGGGUGGCUGACGGACAAGUAUGGGCGUCGCGUUGCCCUGUUCUGGGCUGCCGUAAUCACCAUCACAGCGGCAGGUAUCCAGGCGGCGGCCCAGAACAUUGCCAUGUUCUGCGCGGCGCGUAUCAUCAUCGGAUUCGGCACGACCGCCUCCGCCAUCACGGCGCCCGCUUAUCUCGCCGAGACGCUGCCCUGGGACCAGCGGGCCUGGGGUCUCGGGCUAUUCGACGACCUGUUCUACGUUGGUGCUCUAACGGCUGCCGGUGUGUCGUAUGGGGCGGCUCAGAUCCAGGGUUCUUGGGCCUGGCGCUUGCCUAGCCUACUCCAGGGCGUCUGGGGCAUUGCGUGUAUCAUUCUUCUCCCGUGGAUGCCCGAGAGCCCAAGGUGGCUUGUGGAUGUCGGUCGGGGAAAUGAGGCGCUGACUGUUCUGGCGCGCAUCAAUUCCGGCGGUGAUGAGGAGGACGAGCGGGUCCGGCUGCAGUUCAUUGAGAUUGUCGACACGAUUGGUUACGAGCGGAACCCGAUGCCGUGGGCCCAGAUGCUCAAGAACAGGGGCACGAGGAAGAGGCUUAUCAUCACUGGAACCUGUGCGCUGUUCUCGAUGGUCAUGGGGAACACGCUUGUGAGCUACGAAAUCGGCAAGGUGCUGGACCAUUCCGGGCUUACGGACCCGAAGCAGCAGUUGCUUGUCAACGUGGGCUUGAACUGCUGCACGUUGAUUGUGUCUAUCCUUGGGAGCUUCUAUACGGACCGACUGGGCGCCAAGUCUGCUGCCUUGGUGUCGACGGGCGGGCUCACCAUCAGUCUGUUCGUCAUCGGCGUUCUGACGAAGAUGUUCGGCGACUCGGACUACGAGCCUGGCAUAUACGCCUCAGUCGCUAUGAUCUUCGUCUUCAGCGCUUGCUAUGGCUUCGGCUGGAUACCUAUUCUGUUCCUAGUCCCAGCUGAGAUGCUCAACUUUAGCAUCCGCGCCUGGGGCAUGAGCAUGUUCAGCUUUGUGAUAUGUGUGACGGGCAUCUGGGGCAACUUUGCGUUCCUCUUCGCACUGGAAAACAUCGGCUGGAAGCUUUACAUCAUCAAUGGGGCUUGGAACAUCGGUAUGUUCGCAUUCAUCGCUUAUUACUGGGUCGAAGUAAGGGGUAAGACACUCGAGGAGAUAGAUGCGUUGAUUGAUGGGAAGAAACACUCGGACGUCCCUGAUAUCCAGAUGUUAAUACUCGGAGUUGUUGAUGGAAGAUGGAAGGACAAGUUUGCACCAUGUUUGAGAGCCAGUUGCUCUCGGAAAGGGCCCGAGAACCUCGAAAGUCAAUAA